AUGGGAAGAUUGGACAAAGACUCUGAAGGCCUUCUCGUGCUGACGAACGACAAAUCACUGAACGACCAACUUCUGAAUCCAUCCAAAAAACAUAAGAAGACCUACAUCGUUCAGGUUGAAAAUGAAAUAGACGAAAAGGCCAUCGCCAUACUCAGUAAAGGUGUAGAUAUCAAACUGGAAAAGGGUAUGUACCGCACCCUACCCUGCACUGUUAAAAAACUACCUAAACCACCAGUGCUACCGGAUAGAGAUCCUCCG